AUGCGGCUCGUUCCGGAAGCCACGUUGCCGUCGGGCCCGCUGGGCGGGCUGCCGGCGAGGGCGCCGAGAAGAUUUGCCAGUCGCAUCUUCCGGCAUUUGGAGGCUUUGGAGGCCACGCGGCUAUGGGGCAGUCUGGGUGCCGAGCGUCGCGAGGGCCUGCUGUCCUCUGGCGGUCCCGGCGCGGGCGCCCUCUGGCUCCAGAUGCCCGCGCAGCCGGCGGACUACUUCCCCACGGCGGCCACGGCGCCUUUCCGGGCUGCCACGCUGCGCCGACUGGGCGCGCUGUCCUCGCCUCCCGGGGCGACGUGCCGGAUCAAGCGCAGAGGCGGUGAUUGCGAGGACAUUUGCGGCCAGCAGCUGGAUCGGACCCUCCGGCACCCGCAGCUUUGCAAACAGGGCCCAGCCAGGAUGAGACCGCAUCGCGCCCUGGCGGCGACUCUGGCCCGCCUGCUGCGGGAGUGCCGCGCCGAGGUUGACAUCGAGCGCACCGUCACCGAGCUCGAGCGGGUCACUCCGACCGGCAGGGUUGAGGAGGCGAUCCUGGAUUUGGUGGUCAGUUUCCCAGGCUCGGUGCAACCGCUUUACGUCGACGUCACCAUCAGGUGCCCGCACGCUGCGAGGUACCUGCGCGCGGCGACCGUGGCGGGCGACGCGGCAGACGAGGCAGCCAGAGGCAAGCGCCAGCGGUACGGCAGUGCGGUCCUCCCCGUGGCCGCUAGGCUGGUCCCGCGGUGGCGCGCCGCGCUGGAGCGGAUCACGCAGUGGGCCGCCGCCGAGAUCGACCUCCUGGCCCUCGGCUGCGCGCCGACCGCCGCCCAGGCCCGGGUCGCCUGGGGCCGCGUCUCGGGCGUGGCGGCGCUCGCGCCGCAGGACACGCCGCCCGUGGCCGCCCCCGCCAUGCGGUGUGAUCCCGCGGCGGCCGCGCAGCGCCGCGCAGCCUCCAGCCAUUGCAGGGCGCCCGUCGCGCGGCACACGGGCGCCACGCUGUCCCAGUGCAUGACCGAACUGAGCAAGCGCGGCGUCGUGGACGCGGACCUGAACCCCAUCAUGGAGCCUGACGACGGCGAGUGUGACCUCGACCUCAUUGGCGGCGGGAUGGACGAGGCGGCCCAGGCCUGCUUGACGGCGACUGUGCAGCCCGGUAACGACCUCGUAACUUUCACUCGGCUUCCCCUGUCCUACCUGCUGCUGGAGCAGGCCGGCGGCGAGUCCAUCACCGGCCGCGGCCGCGUUGUGGGCAUCCCGCCCACCAGCGUCCACCAGCGCGCCCCCAUCAUCUUGGGUUCGCCCGACGACGUCGACGAGUGCUUCGGCUUCUACGACAGGUGCCAAGACCCGGCGCUGCAGCUCCCGCUCGCGCUGGAGGUGGACGACGGUGGGCACGCUGUUGUCACUGGCUUGGCCCCCCCAUCUGGCGCUCGCCCUUCUGACCGCCAACUCGGGGGGGCCGCAGUGAACGGCGUCGCUAUCUUUCAGCACCAGUGUCACUGUGCGCUCAAGACUGCCUUGGCCCCUGCGAGCGACCACGACUGGUGGAGGGCCGUCCUGGGCGCCUCUCCAUUCGGCUCCGCCGCGGUCCGUGCACCCUGGCCGCGCGUGGGCACCGCGUGCACCUCCUGCGCCGCCCCAGACGGCCACCGCCAGACCGGGUGGCACGAGGGCGAUCAGGUGGGAGCCAUGCGAGACGGUACACGGGCCAGAGCCCUCGCCAAAGCUGGGGCGCGCGCCCACGCCAUCUGCGCUGCGCGGGUCUCCGCAUGGCUACGCGCUGCCGGCCGGAGCUUCGGCGCCGCCUCCCUGGCACCCUAUCCAGCAUCCUGCGCAGUGCUCAGCCACCAGCCAGGCCAGCAGGGGGCCAUCCCUCGGACGUGCGCGCUCUACGUCGCUGCCUGGGCCGAGCGGCGCCUCUCCCGCGCGACCGUAUGGGUGGGCAACCGCUCCGCCGCCCGCGUCCAUGCGCCUGGGGGCGGCGGGGAUAAAUGGGGGCUGCUUGCAGCGGUGACCUCUUGCGCGGCGGCCCACCGCGCGCUCGCGAUGCUCUGCGACGGGCUGCCCAGGCAGGCGCGGCAGCGCCCAGAUGCCGCGCGGGUGCGCCUGCCGGCAGCGUCG